AAGGCAAGGGCAACGAAGAGUUACAGAAGGAUGACAUCACGCCUCAUUUGCAUAGAGGAGAUUAUAUAAAAGCAGGCGCAGCUCUCUCCUCUCUCAGACUCAAGGCUGUGUUUGUGAGGAGCCAUUCUGCUUGUGCGCUGUGUUGCUGAUCAUCCUACAAAAUGUCUGACAAACCAGAUAUGGCUGAGAUUGAGAAAUUCGAUAAGGCCAAGCUGAAAAAGACAGAAACGCAAGAGAAAAAUCCACUUCCUUCUAAAGAAACAAUUGAGCAAGAGAAACAACAAUCUGAAUCCUAAUGAACCCCCAUCACCCCCCAAUAUGCACUGUACAUUCCACAAGCAUUGCCUUCUUAUUUUUUCUUCUUUUAGCUGUUUAACUUUGUAAGAAAUAACUAAGAUACAAAGAGGUUGGAAAACGUUUACUGUGCUGCCCCAUUACACCGACAGAAAAGUUAAUAAAAGAACUACUGAACACUGAAUGAAGGCGCUGCCUUUCCAUCUGCCUGUCUGGCUGGCUUUGGUUUUGGUGGCAUGAGCGACCUUACACAAUGAAAGGAGAAUCUGAGUGGAACUACAGAUAUCCAGUAAUAUGAGGUGAUGCGUUGAAUGGAAAGCUGCACCAAGGUCCGGCGAGCUGUAAAAUGCGGUCAAAUCGAGUGCCAUUUUAUUUGUUCAAAAUGAUUUGAAUUAUUGGAAUGCACAAUUUUUUUCAAUAUGCAAAUAAAAAGUAUAAAAUAUU